CUCUAAAAUGUGUGAUAAGAUUUUAUCUACUCCAUUACAUGUAUUAUGAAUCGUUGGUUGACCGUAUUUCUAAUUCUUCAGACCAUCGGGACGCUAUGUGCUAUAGCACAAUGCCCAAUAACGUGGAUAAGGGACGGAAAGAAAUGUUACUAUUUCAGUAACGUAACCUUAACCUCUGAAUUAGCCACGAGCGCCUGUUUAAGUUACGGAGGAAAAUUGGCCGAGCCACAGACGUCAGAGGAAAUUGCAUUUCUAGGAAGCCAAGUGAACAGAAUCAACAACGGAUACUUUUACAUCGGAGUAGAUGACCGAGUUCAAGAAAACAACUGGGUGUACACUUACGAUCAAACUAGCGUUCUUACGUCUGAUUGGGGGCCUUCUGAACCGACUCAAACGACCUACGAAAACUGUGUCGUUAUAGCAGAGAAGUCAACAAACAAAGGUCACUGGGCGGAUGUGGACUGUAGCAGACACGAGCAUUUUGUCUGUGAAAAAGGACCAUGUCCUCUGGGAUGGAUAGACUUUAAUGACCGAUGCUUUUUCUUCAGCAAGACCGUGGCGAAUUUCAGCACGGCCCAGGCCAUCUGUCUCUCAUUAAAUGCUGGACUUGCUGAACCUGUAUCAGUAGAGGAUAAUAGUUUUCUGGGUACACAAAUUAACAGAAUUGGUAGUGGAUAUUUCUACAUUGGAGUCCAGGAGGUGCCCGCCCGACACUCGUGGGUGUAUUCGAGUUCUAGGGAACCUGUAGAAACCGCAGAUUGGGGAAUGGGUGAGCCCGACCCCGCAACCAAUGAAAACUGUGUCCUUAUUGCAGAGAAACCCACCAACAGAGGGCACUGGGCGGACGUGGAGUGUUCACGACUGGAACAUUUCAUUUGUCAAAAAAACUCACGGGAGACAAUUCCUGGUAUUAUUGGCUGACGAUUGCUG